AUUAUUUGUUUCUUUUUUUCCUGCAGAUGCAGCACCCACACAGUCAUCUGAGACGAAUACGGCAUCUGAACAUCUUUCUGCUGCUGUUGCUCUACUUGUCACAAAUCAAAGCUUGGCGACCAUGUCCAGAGCUCAGUCCGGCAUUGCGGUUACCCUGCAGAUGCAAUGUGGUGCCAUUCGCUUCGACGGGGCAGCUGGGCGCGGUUGCAAUGGACUGCGAUCGUGUCGUCUUCCAUGGCGAGGCGCCGCAAUUGCCGUAUGGCGCGCCGAUUGUCUCCUACUCGCAGCGCUACAGCGGCCAGCAAGUUUUGCCAUCGCAGAGCUUUGGCACACUAAAACUACCUAUCGAGGAGUUGGAUCUAUCGAAUAAUCUUAUACGCCGCAUACCAGAGAAAUCUUUCCUUGGUCUCAAAGAAUCACUCACAGAAUUACGUUUGGCGAAUAAUCUACUUGGCGAUAGCUUGAAUCCGAUCUUUUCUACAGCUGAAUUUCAUCCAUUGAAAAAUCUGAAAACACUCGAUUUAUCUGGCAAUAAAAUUAAAUCGAUCGAAGAGGGGCUGCUCAAAGGCUGUGCGGACUUAAAGGAUUUCUAUGUGGAUCGUAACUGUCUCUCUGAAGUGCCAACCAAUUCACUUAAUGGACCAAAUGCGCUGCGACAUCUUUCCUUACGUCACAAUCAUAUCAGUAAGUUUAAACUGUGACACAGUUAAUAUAUUUUUCUGUAGUCGUAAUAAGGAAUAUCAGCUGCGGUAAACGUUAAAGCAAAUAAGCACGGAAUGUUUUGG